AUGAAAGGUAUAUAUUUAACGUUGGCGCUGACAAAGACAUUUUGUGAUAGCUGCAGAGGAGUUGGUCAUAGCAGAUGGGAUUGCAAGUCGGUAAAAUAUUGUCACAGAUGCAAAUCUACUAACCACCCAACAGGAAAACACAACCAAUUCAUAAAACAACAAACCAAAAAACAACAACAACAACAAAACUCAAAACCCUCAAACAACAACACCACCAAAACCAACAACAACAAAAGACAACGUAGGGAUAAAUCACCAAGUACACGUGUCGGAAGAGGAUUCAUUUUGGAAAAUUCAUCAACCAUUGAACCAACACCAAGAACAUAUGAACAAGAACUUGAUAGUUUUGUUCGCAGGAAUAAAGCCCAACAACAACAAACACAAUCACAAGAAGAAGGGGAUACCACCAGAGUCAUAGGUCAACAACCAAUAGUUCCAACACAAGCAGAUGAAAUAGUGAAAAUCGUUGAAGAUGAAAAUAUGAGUGAUGACGAGCCGAUCAGGGUCGUUGCCAAUGCUAGACAAUGA